AUGGCUGAGAAGCCCAUAGUUGUUCUUGGCUAUGGUACGGCCGUCUACAGAGAUCCCUGCAAGAGCUACUUCAGACACCUCUUCUCCUAUUUCACGAAGCCCUUACACGACGCCACCGAUAACUGUAGCGUAAACUGGCUGCAUCUCGGACAGGACCAUUUCUACGCCUUAACGGAAAGCAGUUUGAUGUGCAAGGUAGAUCCUCGGACUCUCAAAGUGACGAGUAAGGUUACGAUCACUGAUCACGUAGCAGUGAACAUGGCUUCUGCGCAUCCACACUACAGUGACGAUGGUUGCGUGUACAACAUGGGAACAACCUUUGGGAGAAAUGUCACAUACAGUAUAAUCAAGACGCCACUGGCCAAACAAGGUGUGUUUCUCCUCUGCUGUCCAAUCCUCAGGUUUGACAUUGCAGGGGACAACGAGGAACCAAUGAAAGGAUCGAGGGUAAUCUGUCGUAUACCAGCCUCUUCGUCGCCGUAUCCCAGCUACUUUCACAGCUUUGGAAUGACCAAAAACUACAUCAUCUUCCUGGAACAGCCCUUCGUGGUGAACGUCCUCAAGAUUCUCACCGCCAAAUUGCGGGAGGUUGCCCCGAGUACCUGUCUGAGCUUUUAUCCCGAGCAGAAGUCCCGUUUCUAUCUCGUGCAUCUGCGCACCGGCGAGGUGGUGUCCACCGAGUACCUCGCCGAUUCCUUCUUCUGCUUACAUUUCAUCAAUGCCUACGAGGAGGAUGGACACAUGGUCGUCGAUCUGUGCCGCCAUGCUGAUGCCAGCAUAAUGGACAGCGCUGGUCUGGAGGCAGCGCGAAAAAUGGUUGCCUCAAACGAAGAAGAGUUGCGGGCGGUUCGCUUCGUUCUGCCCUUGGACCUGAAGAAGGAUACUGAAGAACUUGUUACGCUUGCCGGUAGCCGAGCCACUGCUAAACUGAUUGGUCCAGGCAAAGUUUUCUGCACACACGAGGAUCUUUCAGAUCAAAGAAUUGAGCUACCGCGAAUCAACUAUGAGAAAUACAACGGCCGACCCUACAGGUAUAUAUACGGGUUGCCAAACAAUCUGCGCGAGCUCGUAAAAAUAGACACAAAGACAAAAACCCACUUGACGUGGAGUUCACUGUCCGGGAGCCACUACCCAUCGGAGGCGGUGUUUGUUCCCAACCCCGACGGAGUGGAGGAGGAUGACGGCGUGGUGCUGUCCUUAGUGUUGGACGCAGAACCGACCAAGAACCCGUUCCUUCUCGUUCUUGACGCUCGGACUUUCCAAGAGUUGGCCCGUGCCGAGGUAGAAAACUUGCCUUUUGGGAUCCACGGAGUGUUUGUCGAUCAGCUCAUUUAACUGCCAUCUUACGCCUUUUGGAACUCUGGAUUUAGGCUUAUUGUCGAAGAAAUAAGAACCACAUUCACAGUUUAUAUCAAUUUCUGGAUCAUUCAGGAUGGGUUUGAAAGAUUUGAAAGCCGUCAUAUUCUGUGAGGAUCGAACCAAACCAAACGUUUUGAUUCCGCGGACACAUUAUGUCGUUUGAUCUUGCUAACGAGUUCAUUGGUUUAUGGAAGUACGAAGAUAAGCAGAUAGCACUAAACACUAAGACAUAAAUAUUUGCUCAUAACAUUCGAAAUUCCUCAAGUGUUAAAAGUACGUCAAGAGUGGAAUGCCAAACAUAAGGAAUGAGGGAAACUUCAUAAAAGAAAGGACGCCCUCUGUGUAUGUAACGGCAAAAAGAUUUUGUUUAUAAAAAUUUAUGUGAAAUUUAUCUGCUACAUUUUACCACGGUUGACCACUCGAAAGAGGACAAGUUACUCUGCGACGUUUUAUGAUAAUUAAUUACGUCAUUGAACUGGACGUUGGUGAAGGGAGAAUUUGGAGAUAAGAAGACGCGUCUCCAGGUUUCAGUUUGCUUGUUGCUAAACUUAUAGGAUAUGAAUACACUUCGUCGGAGAUUGCCCGAUGGUAUCAGGGCAAAUUUGGCCACGAGGCGUUCAACAGUGGUUUGAGAAAAUUGAGUUUCAAGUUCAGUUUUGAGUCACCUUUUUAAAACUACUUCGCCUGUUUUUAGAGCAAAUUAAUGUUGACUACUUUUUGAUACAGAUACAGUGAGUUUCAUGUGAUCUCAAAUUUCCAAAAUGCUCAAUUACAGAAUAAUGUAACUAUUUAUUGCGGAAUAAUUAAUCUCUAUGGCACUUCAGCUGUUCGUGAAAACUGUAUAACGCCUACAUGUCAUUUAUUUUGGUCCCACUAAAUACUGUGCUUUCAACAGCAGUAAAAGAUGAGCUCGUCUCUUCGUGAAAGGUGAAAAUACGAUGAAGGUGGAAUUUCUCUCCUGAUUGAUUUUUGUAAUCUGGACGACGGUAGACCAAACUGAUUUGGACAAAGUAAUUUGUUCAGAUGUGCCUUGUACUUAAUCCACGUCAUCAAUUGUGGCUGGAAAAAGAAUUUCAAGAAAAAAAAAGCAAGUACAUUUACAUCGAUGGAUCCUUUGAAGAAGUAACAGCAAGAAAAACGAUGUCAAGGGAAUACUUACUUGAGGGAGGAAACUUAAUGUUUCAUAAUAUCAACGAAAUAAAGGCGUGUACAUGUUCAUUGAA